CUCUGGACGAAGAGCGUCGCCCGGAGCAGGAGCACUCCUCGGCUGUGUCGGACAGCGAUGACGGCUCCCCUCUCGACCUGUCAGGAAGAGGGCUCUUUGGGAAGCGCCGUCGCCGCGGCAACCUGCCCAAAGAAGCGGUUCAGAUUCUUCGGAGCUGGCUGUACGAGCACCGCUUCAACGCUUACCCGUCGGAGCAGGAGAAACUCAGUCUGUCGGGCCAGACCAACCUCUCUGUGCUGCAGAUAUGUAACUGGUUCAUCAAUGCACGUCGCCGCCUGCUUCCUGACCUGCUUCGCAAGGAUGGCAAAGAUCCCACCAAGUUCACCAUCUCUCGUAAGGUUGGUGGUAGAAAUGAAGGGCACUCGUCUAAUGGAGGCAGAGCCAGCUCUCCAGAAAGCAGCUCUCCUCACAACUCAUCUCAACAGCGCGCAUCUGUCAUUCACUCUGCCCCUACUCUGGACCUCAGCCUUCUUGGGAACACAGCAACAGCUAUUCUGACAGGCGCAGGCUACCCUGGUAAAGAAGGGUCAGUCCAGGCGCUGAUGAAGCUGGAUACACAAAGUCUACUAAGGGAAGCAGAGGAACAGGCGGCUCAGUCGGCUUGUCUCACCAGCACCACAAUAGCAGCUAGCCCCACCAGCGGCCUCUUCAACACGCCUCCCCCGACUCCUCCAGAGCUUAUGCCCGGCCAGGACUUCAGUGACUUGAGGCUCCUGGUAGAUGCGGCUCUGCAGAGGGCUGCAGAGCAGGAAAACAUGAAAAGAUUAAAGGAGAGCCAAGACAAAGCCACAGAGACCAUUAAGGUUGAGCCAGUAGAGGCACAGUGCAGUGGUUACAGCAGUGACAUGGGCCCUACCCCUCCUCCAGAGGAUAGCCAGCAAGUCAUGGAUCCCUCCAGGGUGCAGAGUUUGAUGGAGAAGGCUAUGGCUGUUCCAGUGCCAGCUGUAACUUCAGUCAAGGGGUCUGUGUCUUCAGCAGCCUCUGUAGCAGUGUCGGCUCCAGUCUUGCUCGCAGCCCAGAGGAUAUCAUCUCUCCCAGUGAGUAAAGUCAUCUGGAGCUCCUUGGAGAAGGACGCUGCCAGAGCAUCCAGCCCGAUCCAGCCUCAACUCAUCCAAGCCCAUCUGCCAACCUUGGUGCCAGUUUCAGCCUUAGUCCUAGGACAGCCUACUUCUCAGAAACAAGCUGCUGCUCCAGUCAUCACACCAGCUCCAUCAUCAGCUUCAGCCUCAAGUUCAGUUCCAUCUCCACUGCCCACUACAUCAAAUGCGUCAGUGCCAGCUGCAAGGCCAGUCUCAGUGCCAUCACCAAUCUUACUGCCAGGCACAAGUUCCACCUCUGUCUCCGCUGCAAGCCAGGAUUCAUCCUCAACUGUAGCGCUUGUUGCGGCUGUUCCUUCUUCGGGAUCUCACUCAGCUUCUAGAGGAGUCCCACUUCACCUGCCAGUCCACAAACCCACCCUGAUAUCAGUAACGGUUUCAAACCCACUGCCUGCUUCAAUCUCGGUGUCCUCUGCAGUCACAGUUGCAGCCUCAGUGUUGCCUCCUGAUCCAGCUUCAACUGCUGCUUCGGCCCCGUCAACAUCGCCGAUCACACCUCUUCUGGGCCUCACUUCCCACCUCACAGCUCCUCUGCAGCCCUCCUCUAUGAGCAGCACCAGCAGCAGUAGCAGUAUUAGUAGCAGUUCACAGAGGAAUUCAGCUGUGGUGCCCACUGUUUGGAGCAUGGUCCACGCUGACACCAGGCAGCCCAAUUCCCUUCAAGUGGUUAAGACCCCCGUUGCCACAGUGUGGGGCGCACAACACAGCUUGCGCUCAGUGAGUGAAACCGUUAACUAAGAGCUGCAGCUGCUUUUUACACAUCUGGGCAGGAGUAAGUCCAGGCGCUCACUUAGGCUGGACAAAGCUGUAUACAGAAGAAUGUAUCUUCACCACCAGUUCCCUUUGACAUUAAGCCUGAGCCUGCAUAUUUUACAGCAGUGAGUGAAAUGUGCAAACUGGGACAAAGUAAAGUAACAGACGCGUUGCUUUAAACACUUUUUGAGAACUUUUAUUGCUGAAUAUGGUGUUUUCGAUGGAAGCUGUUGCUUUGACGACGCUUUGAUGUCGUUUCUCAAAGUGAACAUUCCUCAGUGCAAAGUAAAUGUUUGUAGAAAGUUUUUGAUGCCAUUUUCAAACCCCUUUCCACAUUUCAAUUUUGAGUGCGGAGGAAUAUAUCCCAUGAUUGUACAAAAUGUCAAAUGGUGUAAUUAUCAGCACCAGCGAAGUUGGCCUCUUCAGUAGCAGUACUGAACUUUAUUGAAUGUACAAAAGACAUUGAUUGAUAUCAUUGGCUAGCCAGCCUGUAAUCCUUUCCCCUCCACGAUCAAAAAGGAGGACAUGAGUGUUUUUUUUUUCCCCCCAUCUGUACAGCAACGACUUCAGUCCUCUAUAGCUGUGCAAUUCAGAAGAAUUUUUUAACAUAAUUGAGUCUGUUCUUUACUAUGGUACAUUUCCCUCCCCCUUCCCUUUUUCUGUAGUGGAGCUGAGCAGAAGGAUAUUGAUUAUACUGCAGCGAUCCAGACUAAAUGAGACACUUCAGUGUGUGUGUCUGUAGCGCUCUCCUCCUAUCCUUCUGUCUUUUAUAGCUAAGAGCAUGAGGGGACUGGCCCUCAUGAACUGUCAUCUCAACUGCUCUAUACAUGCUCUCAAGCACCAUGUGUUUCUUUGUUUGCCAGUUCCAUUCUAUAUUUGAACAAACAGUGUUUUCUGUGUGACCUUGCUCAACCCUUACAGGGCUAUGAAUAUAGGAUGAAGAGGCAGUGGUCGCAUUCUGUUGCAUACAGAGAUGAGGGGUUUGGCGAUCUGUUAAUCUCAUACCCUUACAGCUGCUUGCAUCUUUUAUGAGGCAUUUAAUUCCCUUAAAUUUCAAGCCUUGAAGCAGACUUUAAACUCGAUUGUGGUUCUGAAUUCAACUACUUUCUCGUCCACUUUGGAGGAGGCACUCCACAGAUGUGCAGCAGAUCAGCGUCUACAUAUUCUGCUUAUGCACACUACUACCCAGCAGGUGCAUGGCUGGUCUUGUAAUAUAGUGUUUGCACCAAUGCCAGUUUCUGGAUAUCCACCGACGGGUACCCAUGGUCUUGGCUAGAUGAUGAAAUUCACGACACUCAAACCCCUACAGACCCUGGUUGUCUUCACAGAUGUGGAAAAUGUAACACUGGCCUUAGGAUUUGGUCAUUGUUUCUCAAACCUGAAUGUCUUAACAGUAGAAAACAGUAAUAGAUGCAUCUUGGCAAAGCAAAUGUAGCAAACUUACCAGCUGAUGUCAUUAACUUUCUCUUUCAUUUUUUUUGAAUAAGAGCUGAAAAAAAAUGUUUCUCUCAUCUGUGCUUUUCACUUUUGUCUAGAAAUGGUUGCUAUAGAAUUUUUAAAUCAUCCAUAAAGGUGUAGUUUCCAUGAAACUGUGUUAGGAUAAACCACAAUAUAUGACUGAAUGCCACGUGGACAUCUAGUAACAGUGGCAGUGCAUGGGGGAAAAGGUGGAUUGAUAUGUGAAUAAUGCUGUAGCAGAAUCGUUAGAUGAAUCUUCAUGUUUACCAGUGUCACUGAACUGUGUUUAGUUUAAACGGUUAUAAUUUACAUGUGCAAGUUGUCGGAGGAGACAGAAGGAGACUGACGUUGGGUCCUAAUACUGCUGAGCACUGACGACCACAAUCAUUCCCAAAAAAACUUCCCGCUUUUUCUAGUCUGUGGCAGAUGUGAAAACACCAACAGUCUUUUUUUCCUAUUUUUUUUGUUUUUUAAUUUUGUUGUUCUUUUGUUUUUACAUUCCUUUUGUUUUUAUUUUGUUUGUGCCUCCUCACUGCCAUUUGCUUUUUGUGCAUGCCAGUAGAGGAUUUGGAUUUUUAACUAUUUUUUUUUGUUACAGGUACUCAGUAGACUGAAGUGCAUUUAUACCUCAAUUCACACAGGUCGUGUCAGCCUUGGGUCAUAUGUAGAAUACUAAGUAUUAAAGUAAUAUUUUUAUUAUUAUUCAUACUGCAUCGUGCCACUGUGACGACACCUUAUCGGUGUGAUACUGGAAAUGGCUGGCUAAGGAUUAGGUUUUUUAUGGCAAGGUUUCAAUUAGGUUUUAGAUGCAAACUGACGCUCCAGUCAGAGAAGACAAUGUGAUGACGCCUGUAAAUAUUUUCAAGGUCAAGUUUUGUUUUUUUUCUUUUUUUUGCUUUUGUUUUUAUUUGUUGGCAUGGACUUUAUCUCUGUGUAGUUUCGUUACAGCUGAAUGCAUUCAAAAAGUUGUUUGUUUUUUUUGUUUCAAGUUCACAUUGUGAAUCAUCACUGAUCGUUGGCAGUAUGACUGGCUGCUGUGCCUUAAAACUACGACUGAGGGACGAUGUCCCUUUUUUAUAUAAAAACUUCUCAAUAGUCUGUGCAAUAUACGCCUUAAACUUUAAUGUGUGUUUUGUAUGAGCAUUUCAAAGAAAUAAAAGUUCAGUUUUUUAUAAA